AAUUUUAGGCGACUGGUGUUGUGAUUUUCGUUCAAUUUUGCGCGCAGUUUCCGUGAAAAUUCGUGAAAAAUAAUCUGUAGCCAAAGAAUUCAACCUUUUGGCCAGAUCCCGCUAAGUGUCCGCCACCGCCUGAACCCGUUGCAUAAUGGAUGCCACCCUUGAAAAGUCUUGCCUCGAGGAAAUCAGCCACACCGUUCUGGAUGAUCAGCAGAAGAUUUCAGUACGCUCCAUUUCGAACAAUUACGGUUUGAACUUUCUGGAUGCUGUGAAGGUACUCCAACAAUGGAUAGACAAAAACGGCGCCAAGGCCAAUCUGCUCAAGGAGUUCAUCGUCCGGGGAAUCGAUGCCAAACGGGGCGGUGCGUUCAUUACGGUGGCAAAUGAGAAAAAGCUCAAAUCGAUCCAGGACAAGGCCAGUCAGGUUUCGAGCGUUUUGUACGCCGUCGAGGUCCAAUCGGAAUCAUCCCGGUCGUUGAAUAUUCCACAGGAACAGGAGUUCAAGGUGAUCAAUUUGCCUCUCAAAUCGGAUAAACGAGAUGUUAAGGUUUUCAUUCCGGUUGAGCCAACUCCUUCUGCGAGUGCCAAGCAGGAAUCGAAACCGAAGGCCAAUUCCAUGUUUGCAGCCAGCGGUGCCUCAAAACCGAAAGCGGAAGCGCCAAAACCGACGCCAGUUCCGGUCAAGGAGGAGAAGCACAGUCCUCCUGCCAAGCAAGAAGUUACCAAGACUUCUCCCCCACAGAAAUCACCGUCCAAGGGGUCGCCUAGCAAGAAGAAGGACGCCAAGAAACCCGUUAGUGGGAAGGCAUCAAUUGCUUCGUUCUUUUCCAACAAACCAGCUGCUUCUAAGCCAGCGGCUUCCACUCCGGCUAGUUCGUCAACUUCCGCCCCCGAUGUGAAGGAGGAAAAUACGUCCCCCAAGGAAGAACAAGCUCCCAAGGAAAAGACCAAAAUCGCCAAUGGAAAGCACGAAGACACGCCCCGGUGGAAGCGGAUGAUUUCGGACGAAUCCGACGGGGACGAUGUGGUUCCGAGUACGCCGCAGGAGAAGAAGGAACCCAGAAAGCGAGCCGGGAAGAAAACGAUGGCCGCCAAGAAGGGAACGGAUACGAAAGGAAAUCCUAGCAAACGGUCCCGGAUAUUGCAGGUGGAGGAUUCCAGCGAGGAGGAGGAAGAUGAGGAUCGGAACAUGCGUGAACCGGAGGAAAAGAUGAUCAAUUUCGAUACCGACGAAGGAGAAGCGGAGGAUGUUAAAAUGGAAGAGAAAAAGCAGCUCACUCCGGAGAAACCGGUCGAGAACGAUUCCAACAGUUUGAACCGGAAGGGACGGGCGAAGGUGAAGAAACAGGUUACUCGGAAUUUCAUGGACGAGGAAGGUUAUAUGACAACCAUCAAGGAAUACGUCAUGGUGUCCGCGUCGGAAGAUGAAGAAGGCGGCGAAGAAGUUCCGGCUAAAAAUUCGUCAGACGAGAAGAAGACAACCAACGCAAAGGAACCCACAACGAAUAGUAAGGCCAAGGCGGAUUCCAAAGCAGCUGGGAAGAAAGCGGAGAAAGUGACGCCGCCAGCCCCCAAAACGAAGCAGGGUUCGAUAAUGAGUUUCUUCUCUAAGAAGUAGCAGAAGUAGCAAAGGUAUGUUCAGUCUCAGUGUUGAAAGUAAUUAUUCCUGUUUAUCUAUCCAUCUAUCGUUUAGCUUAUCAACCGAAUUAUAGUUCGUUGUUCAUUAAUA